AUGAGCUCCAUCUCGUUUGUGGUAUCCUCUCUGGAUGCCAUAGCCACCUCGAAGGAAGCCCAUAAGAACAAGCAGCUAGCCGAAUAUGCCCAGGCCGCCAUAUCCGCCAUAAAAGAGAGCGAUCCACAACUUCCCGAACCAGAAGUCGUCUUUGCGCCGCUGCAGCUCGCGACCAAAUCCUCCAAUGUCCAGCUCACCACCACCGCUCUAGACUGUAUCGGGAAGUUAAUAUCCUACUCGUACUUUACCGCUAUCGACAAUGAUACCCGUGGAGGAGAACGUGGAGAAGAUGAAGGCGGCGAAGAUGGAGGUGCUGCCGCGGCCGCGAGGGCCCCCCUGAUCGAGCGAGCGAUCGAUACGAUAUGUGACUGCUUCCAGGGCGAGACUACUGCCGUCGAAAUCCAGCUUCAAAUCGUCAAGUCCCUGCUCGCCGCCGUCCUGAAUGACAAGAUUGUCGUCCACGGUGCCGGUCUCCUCAAGACAGUGCGCCAGAUCUACAACGUGUUCCUAUUAUCAAGGAAUACGGCCAACCAGCAAAUAGCUCAAGGCACACUGACCCAGAUGGUUGGCACAGUCUUCGAGAGAGUCAAAGUCCGCCUGCAGAUGAAGGAAGCGCGCAUCAACCUUUCGAAAUUAAGGCAGAACUCGAGCAAUGUCACCUUCGAGCAACCCGAGACCCCCAACGGAAAGGACAACGAGUCCACACUCCGUGACGACGCAAGCGAGAUGGGAGAUGGCGAUGUCGCUGCUGAUGGGUCGACUGACGCUGCUACCGAGAGUGGAGAAGGCGAGACGAAGCUUACGCUGAAGGAUCUCGAACAUCGAAAGAGCUUCGACGAUACCCACAUGGGCGAUGGCCCUACAAUGGUUACGCAACUCAAGACCAUCAAGCGGAGUGCCCGGUCCGUGUCCGAGCAAUCUAUUGGCGACUCCUCGUCACCCGAGGAUACCCCUGAAAGCCUCGAUGCCGAAGAUGAGGUCUACAUCCGGGAUGCCUACCUCGUCUUCCGUGCCUUUUGUAACCUUGCCACUAAGGUCCUGCCCCCAGACCAACUCUAUGAUAUUCGCGGCCAGGCUAUGCGUUCGAAGCUCCUCUCGCUCCACCUCAUCCAUACCGUCCUCAACAACCAUAUCUAUGUCUUCACCUCCCCACUUUGCAAGAUUAAGAACUCGAAGAGCAGCGAGUUUACAGGCUUUUUACAAGCCAUCAAGUAUUACCUCUGUCUCACCAUUACGAGGAACGGCGCCUGUGCCGUCGACAAGGUCUUCGACGUAACGGCUGAGCUGUUUUGGCUCAUGCUCAAGUUUAUGCGUGCGCCGUUCAAGAAAGAGAUCGAGGUGUUCCUCAACGAAAUCUACCUCGCCCUCCUCGCACGGCGAACCGCCCCCAUCACCCAAAAGCUCUACGUCGUCAACAUCUUAGGUCGUCUCUGUGCAGAUCCCCGAGCUCUAGUCGAAAUAUUCCUAAACUAUGACUGCGACGGCAGUAUCAACAAUAUAUUCCAAACCAUCAUCGAGGACCUAUCCAAAUUCUCUACGGCGCCCGUGUCUAUUAGCACGAUCCAAGAGCAGACAUACGAGGAGCGGAAUGCGAGGACCCCAUCCGCUGCCGAAUGGCAAGUGAAGGGGAUCCUGCCGCCUCCGCUUACCGUUGCCACAAUCGCUCCACUAACUGAGACCGAGCCCGAUAUUCCGCGUGAAUACACCAUGAAACGUGUGGCAUUGGACGCCCUCGUCGAAGCAUUACGGUCGCUCGUUACCUGGUCUGCGUCGGUGAGGCCAGAUGCUGCCUCGCGAACCAUAGGCGGCGAUGGGGAACGGCGACAAUCUCUGGAUGAUACCCGCGCGUCGAUAGACCCAUCCAUCUAUACGACCGAUUCCCCCCAAGGCGGGAACGGUAUAAGCUACCCCGCCACGCCCAUUCUUGAGGAUGAUCCCGAACAGUUGGAAAAGAUCAAAGCGAGGAAGACUGCGAUGACGAACGCCAUUAACCAAUUCAACUUCAAGCCCAAGAGGGGUAUCAAGCUGCUCAUCCAGCAAGGCUUCAUACCAAGCGAUACCCCCGAGGAUAUUGCAAAGUUCCUUCUCAACGACGAGCGGCUGGACAAGGCGCAGAUCGGCGAGUACUUGGGCGAGGGUGACCAGAAGAACAUCGAAAUCAUGCACUCUUUCGUCGACCAGAUGGACUUUGCCAAGAAGCGAUUCGUGGACGCGCUCAGGCAGUUCCUCCAGUCUUUCCGUUUACCCGGCGAGGCCCAGAAGAUUGAUCGUUUCAUGUUGAAGUUUGCCAACCGAUACGUCAUGGGUAACCCGAAUGCGUUUGCCAAUGCUGACACCGCCUACGUCUUGGCGUAUUCAGUUAUUAUGCUUAACACUGACUUGCACAGCAACAAGGUCGCGAAGCGAAUGACGAAGGAGGACUUUAUCAAGAAUAACAGGGGCAUCAACGACAACGCCGAUCUUCCAGACGAUUAUUUAGUGGGCAUCUACGAAGAGAUUCAGGGCAACGAGAUCGUGCUCAAGAGCGAACGGGAUGCUGCCGCCGCUGCCGGCACGCUCCCCGCGCAACCAACCGGUGGUAUCGCCGCCGGUCUCGGACAGGCCCUCGCCAAUGUCGGUCGCGAUCUUCGCAGGGAGGCUUAUCUCCAGCAGUCCGAAGAGAUUUCCUCGAGGUCGGAGCACCUCUUCAAGACCCUGUUCAAGAACCAGCGACGAAAUGCAGCUAAGGCCGGUACCCGAUUCAUCCCCGCGACUUCCUUUAGGCAUGUUGGUUCCAUGUUUGACGUGACGUGGAUGUCCUUUUUCUCUGCGCUCUCGAGUCAGAUGCAAAAGACGCACAACAUCGAGAUCAACAAGCUUUGCCUCGACGGCAUGAAGAUGGCCACUAAGAUUGCGUGCCUCUUCGACCUAUCCACACCUAGAGUGGCCUUCAUCAAUGCGAUCAAGAACACCACUAAUCUGAACAACCCUCACGAAAUCCACGCGAAGAACGUCGAGGCUCUCAAGGUCCUUCUCGAGCUGGGCCAGACCGAGGGCAACCUCCUCAACGAGUCGUGGAAAGACAUUCUCAUGUGCAUCAGCCAGCUGGACCGUCUGCAACUUAUCUCGGGAGGUGUUGACGAGAGCGCCGUUCCCGACGUUUCUCAGGCGCGUUUCUUGCCUCCUCCAAAGGAUAGUGAUACUGCCUCGGUAAGGAGUAAGCGGCGCAGCCGGGCGAGAUCUGCGGGUUCCAAUCGAUUCUCCGUGGAGAUUGCGCUGGAGAGCAGGUCGGACGAGGUUAUCAAGGGUGUCGACAGGAUAUUUACUAACACAGCGAAUCUUUCCGGCGAUGCCAUUGUUCACUUCGCCCGCGCUCUCACGGAGGUUAGCUGGGAUGAGAUCAAGGUGUCAGGCUCCAACGAUUCUCCUAGAACGUACAGCUUGCAAAAGAUUGUCGAGAUCAGCUACUACAACAUGACGCGUGUGCGAUUCGAGUGGACCAACAUCUGGGACGUCCUCGGUGAGCAUUUCAACAGGGUCGGAUGCCACAACAACACGACCAUCGUCUUCUUUGCGCUCGAUUCGUUGCGGCAGCUUUCGAUGCGGUUCAUGGAAAUCGAGGAGCUUCCCGGUUUCAAGUUCCAGAAGGACUUCCUCAAGCCGUUCGAGCACGUGCUGUCCAACUCGCACAAUGUCGCCGUCAAGGAUAUGGUCCUUCGGUGCUUGAUCCAAAUGAUCCUCGCCAAGGGUGACAACAUCCGGUCCGGCUGGAGGACAAUGUUUGGCGUCUUUACCGUGGCGGCGCGGGAACCCUACGAAAGCAUCGUCGGCCUAGCGUACGAGAACGUCAGCCAGAUCUACAAGACAAAAUUCGGCGUCGUCAUAUCACAGGGCGCCUUCACUGAUCUCAUUGUGUGCUUGACGGAGUUUUCCAAGAACACCAGGUUCCAGAAGAAGAGCUUGCAGGCUCUCGAGGCGCUCAAGUCGAUCAUUCCGAGGAUGCUCAAGACGCCCGAGUGUCCGCUGUCGCAAAACUUCAACAGUCUCGCCGCGGGUGCGGAGGCUGCGCUCAAGUCGCCGUCGAUGCAGCUUCAACAAGGUCGCACUUCGGUCGAGGAAGGCUAUUGGUUCCCCGUCCUGUUCGCGUUCCACGACAUAUUGAUGACGGGCGAGGAUUUGGAGGUUCGGUCUAGUGCGCUCGAAUACUUCUUCGAAACGCUCCAGCGGUACGGAGGGGACUUUGGCCCCGAGUUCUGGGAUAUCUUGUGGAGACAGCAGCUGGAACCCAUCUUCAUGGUCUUGCGGUCCAGGCCGGAGAUGUCCAAUGCGCUUAACCACGAGGAGCUCUCGGUGUGGCUCUCGACGACCAUGAUCCAGGCGCUGCGGAACAUGAUUACGCUCUUCACGCACUUCUUCGACGCCCUCGAGUAUAUGCUCGACAGGAUCCUCAAGCUCCUGGCGCUCUGCAUAUGCCAGGAGAACGACACGAUCGCGCGCAUCGGUAGCAACUGCCUGCAACAACUGAUUCUUAAGAAUGUCAAAAAGUUCUCGCCGGAGCACUGGGCGCAGAUCGUCGGGGCCUUCUGCGAGCUCUUCGAGCGCACGACGGCCAAAGAGCUCUUCUUCGCCGCCACGCUAGACGCGUCGACGACUCUGUCGCCCGUGGCUAAUGGCCAUUCCUCGUUCCCCGGCGCGCUGAGCCCCGCCCGCGAGGACGUCGACGAGAAGUCUCUCAAGAUUAAUGGUGGCGAUAAUGACGAGGGUUCGGACACGGGUAGUUCGCCGCUUCCGACGCCGAAGACGGCAAAGAGCACCAUGACGGAGGAAGACUCGCGAACUCCUCCCACAACGGCCACGUCGGCUUCCCAAGCGCAGCCCCUAGAAGACUACAAGCCGUCGUCUACGCUGCAGCAGCAACCGGUUGUCGUAACGGCCGCUAGGAGGAGGUUCUUCAACCGUAUCAUCUCGCGCUGCGUGCUCCACCUCCUCAUGAUCGAGACGGUUAACGAGCUCUUCAGCAACGACGCAGUGUACGUCCAGAUCCCGUCGAUCGAGCUCCUCCGACUCAUGGCGCUCCUCAAGAAGUCGUACCUCUUCGCGCGGCGGUUCAACAACGACAAGGAGCUCCGCAUGCAGCUCUGGCGGCAAGGGUUCAUGGCCCAGCCGCCGAAUCUCCUCAAGCAGGAGUCCGGCAGCGCGGCCACCUACAUCUCGAUCCUGUUCCGCAUGUUCGCCGACACGGCGCCCGAGCGCGAGGCUAGCCGGUCGGAUAUCGAGGCGGCGCUCGUGCCGCUCUGCAAGGACGUCAUUGGAAGUUACGUCACGCUUGAGGAGGAGAGCCAGCAUCGCAACAUUGUGGCGUGGCGGCCCGUUGUCGUCGAUGUGCUAGAGGGUUAUGCAUCUUUCCCCGACGCAGCGUUCGGCGCUAACCUCAAGGAGUUUUAUCCGCUUGUCAUCGAGCUCGUGGGUAAGGAUCUUAAUUCUGAGCUGAGGAGUGCCGUUUUGCAUGUUUUGCGGAGGGUGGGCGAGGUGGGGCUCGGGAUUAAGGAUAUGAGUACGAAGAAGCAGAGGAGGGAGAGCGUUACGUUGGGGAGCGGGAAUAGUGGGGAGGUGGAUGCAGCGGAGAGGAUGAGGAGGCCGGUGUCGAGGGACUAA